UGUAUUGUAGACGUUCCCUAGAUUCGCGCGUUCGACGUCCCGCGCAUGCGCACGACCGACCAACGCUAGUUUUGUUUAGGCUAAGUUGCUAGCGCUGAGGAUGGAAACCAUGAUUAAUGAAGCCGUGAACCAUUUUGUAAGUGACAAUGCAGCAGGUGAAGACGAAGAGAAUAGACUCGGGACGUGUAAGGAGAGCGGCGGCAUGGAGAAACCCAAGAGAAAGAAGCACAAACAUCACAGCAAGCACAGAAAACACAAAUAUUCGUCGUUGGAGGAAAAGGAGCACAGACACAAGCAUAAGCACAAGCACAAAAAGCGCAGACGCAGGGAUUCGUCCAGGAUGGACGAGAGUGACGCAGAGGAAGCAGACGAAAAAGUGUCGCCGAAGAGGGCCAGACUGGAUGACCUGGCAGCCCUGGAGGAUUUAGAGAAGCAAAGGGCUCUGAUCCAAGCAGAGCUUGAUAACGAACUGAUGGAGGGAAAGGUGCACUCAGGAAUGGGACUGAUACUGCAGGGAUACAACUCAGGCUCUGAGGAGGAUACGGAGGUGCAGGAGCGGAUGUGUAAUGGGGAUGAGCAGAGGGAGAAUCUAGAAGAUAUUUAUAUGGCUGGAGCACAAGAAAGCUUUUCGGUUGGUAAAGAUGAAGAGCAAAGUCAACACAGUUCCAUGGACGAGGAAGGGCUGGUUGCCUGGCGACAUAGCAGAAGCAAGUCUUUAGAGAAGGCAAUCGAACAACAAAAAUUCGAUCGAAAAAAGAGUAAAGCGGAGUCUGAUACAGACAUCAAGGACAGAACUCAAAGUCCGUGUCCAUCUUUAGAGAAGAAGCCAUCCACUAACAUUCAGCAUUCCAGAGCUGGAUGCCCACGGUCCAGAUCUCCUGCGAAUUCCAGGAAACACAAGGAUUCUAAUUCAGUUUCUGCAGAGGCAGAACAGGGAAGUAAAAGAGACUCUUCAUUUCGGCAGCCUGGGACCAGAAGUAGCGAAAAGUCCAAAUCACCAGAGAAGAUGAGACGCUCCAGAUCAAAAGACAGACAUAGCAGAUUACCUGAGACUAACCGCAAGCAGGACUCGGACAAGAUGUCAGCGAAGUCUCCCUGUAAGGAGGUCUCAUCAGGCAAAGAGAACAGAUCUCCCCACAGAAGGCACAUCCACAGUCCAGUACGGGAGAGAUCCUCCCGCAGGAGCAGGGAACGCCAUUCCCCUCAACAUCCUUCCAACUGCCGCUUCAGCACCCGCAACAGAUCUCCAGCCAGAAGGGAACGAUCUCGCUCCCCUGAUAGAAGACGGAGAGAAGCUGACCGUCAGAGAUUCUCACCCGUCAGGGUACGGUCCCGAGAUGAUGCAGCCAGUUGCAGCGGGCCAAAUUCAUCACUCGGCCCCAGACGGAGACAGAGUCGUUCCCCCAAGAGACGCACCAGCAGAUCUCCUUUUAACAGACGAAGGUCUGUGGAGCGGGCCAGGCUGGGCCACAGGUACAUGGGGCGCUCAGGAUCUCAGGAACGAAAGAGGAAAAGUAGAGAGAAGGAUGAUAAGUUUAAGGGCAGUCUGUCUGAAGGCAUGAAAGCCGAACAGGAUGAAUCGGAUGAAGACGUUUUGGAGGAUUAUGAUGUGGAUGAAGAGGAUGAAGAAGCCCUUAUAGAGCAGAGGAGACUCCAGCGCUUGGCAAUUGUGCAGAAAUAUAAGGGAUCAAAUGACGACUACAGUAAGUCGGAGCCUGCCAGUCCUCAGAGUAGCUCCCACAGCCGCUCGCCUUCUCCGGAUGAUGUUUUAGAGCGAGUCGCGGCUGAUGUAAAGGCUUAUGAGCAAGAGAACCUGGACACGUUUGAGGCCAACAUCAAGGCAAAGCACAAUCUGUUUACCCAGGAAAAAGAUGGAGGUAAUCCAAAGAAGCAAUCAGCUCCGGACAUGUUUACGGAGUCAGAUGACAUGUUUGCUGCAUACUUUGACAGUGCAAGAUUGCGUGCAGCAGGCAUCGGGAAGGACUUUAAGGAGAACCCCAGUCUCAGGGACAACUGGACAGAUGCUGAAGGCUAUUACCGGGUGAACAUCGGAGAGAUGUUGGACAAACGAUAUGACGUUUAUGGCUACACUGGGCAGGGCGUGUUCAGUAACGUUAUCCGUGCGAGGGAUCUGGCCCGAGCCGGUCAAGAAGUUGCCGUGAAAAUUAUACGCAACAACGAGCUCAUGCAGAAGACAGGCCUCAAAGAGCUGGAGUUUCUAAAGAAGCUGAAUGAUGCAGACCCUGAUGAUAAAUUCCACUGUGUUCGUCUGUUUAGGCACUUCUACCACAAACAGCAUCUGUGUUUGGUGUUUGAGCCACUCAGUAUGAACCUGCGGGAGGUCCUGAAGAAGUAUGGCAAAGAUGUUGGGCUCCACAUCAAGGCAGUGCGCUCCUAUAGCCAGCAGCUCUUCCUGGCUCUCAAGCUUCUCAAACGCUGCAACAUCCUCCAUGCUGACAUCAAACCCGACAACAUCCUGGUGAACGAGUCGAAGACCAUACUGAAGCUGUGUGACUUUGGCUCCGCAUCCCACAUUGCUGAGAAUGACAUCACACCCUACCUGGUCAGCCGAUUCUACAGAGCACCUGAGAUCAUCAUUGGAAAGCCGUAUGAUUAUGGAAUCGACAUGUGGUCUGUGGGUUGCACACUGUACGAGCUGUACACAGGGAAAAUCCUCUUCCCUGGAAAGACCAACAAUCACAUGCUGAAACUUGCUAUGGAUCUUAAAGGGAAAAUGCCCAACAAGAUGAUCAGGAAAGGCUUGUUCAAGGACCAACACUUUGAUCAAAACUUGAACUUCCUGUAUACAGAGGUAGAUAAAGUUACAGAACGGGAGAAAGUGACAGUAAUGAGCAGCAUCAACCCCACUAAGGACCUACUGAACGACAUGGUUGGUCGUCAGAGGUUACCAGAGGACCAGCGGAAGAAGGUGAUUCAGCUCAAAGACCUAAUGGAUCAGAUUCUGGUGCUCGACCCAGCCAAGAGGAUCAGCAUCAACCAGGCCCUUCAGCACCCCUACAUCCAGGAGAGGAUGUGAACAUCCUACCCACACUUCUGAGGAUAAACAGCACCAAGUCCUUGAAAAAGUCUGCCGACAAAGGGAUGGUUUUGUAUCUGCAGGCAUGACUGAGUAGAUGAAGAGACAUUUUAAUCUCUAAGUAAAGUUAAAAUGGGAUUUUAUGCGUUUUUGAGCACACGUUAUAUUUCUUUCAGCUUUAAAUACUUGAUACUUUGUUAAAGAUGUGCCAGCAUCCGCCGAAUUUAAUUAGGGGUGUCUCUCUCAAACACUAGGUUAAUUUGUUUUUAAAUGCUAUAAUUGAUACUGUCCAAAGCAGCAAAAAAAAUCACUGUAUCUGUAUGUGUGCUGGUGUUCCAUCUGUCUGAGCCUCCCCUAACACUGUACGUGAUGAUAUGAGAUCAGGAUAAAUGCAGUCUAUAUCCGCAUCUCCCUCAGGUGCUAGAGCGACAGCGCCCACUGGUGUAGGUGUGCUUCUGCUGAAAUCGGAGCUCUUGAGCCCUACCUGAGCCUGUCUGCAGGGAAAGCCUCCUCUGUAAAGGCAGGUUGUGUUCCGCUUUAAGUACACUGAAGGUAAGCUCGGCCGGCCAAAAUUGCCAGUAUACGGUACAUCUGUUGUACAUUUUGGCUAAAAUGUCAAUUUUAAGAAUAGGAGUAUGCUCAAUUUGUGGCAUCUUUUGCAUGUAGAGACGAAGAUUGGUCUAAACCCAUCAUCCUUCCACAGAGCCAAAGUUAAUUCCUAAAAAAAAAAAAAAACAGUUGCUUAAACAAGCCGGGAAAGGAAUUCCACGGCACUCACAGUUGCUGUUAAGGGUAAGGGAAAAAGGGGCAGUCUGAAAUAUUUUGACUUGAACAGGCACCUUCAGUGUACUGCCUCUGACAGUAAUGUAUUGUUCAAAAGCAAUGUUUGUGACACUUUUUCAUACCUAAUGUUCAAGCUGAGGAUGCAUGUGUUCUAAAAAUGCUGUGCACCCGUAUGAGCUUUUUGUUGUGCCCUUCUGCCCGUGUUCCUUUGUUCUGACGUGAUCAUGUUGUCUUUUGAUACAGGGAUAUUCCUCAUCUGCUCUAUGAAUCUGCUUGUUUUGAGCGGUAAUUGAUUCUUUACUUAUCCAUAUUGCUUUAUUGUUCUAAUUAAGACAGAGAACUAGCUCAUUCAACUUGUAUAUUAUCCAUACCUCAUCCUGCAUGUUACGAAAAAAAACCCUAGUUUGCGUAAUUGUACAUUUAUAUUUGUGUGUUGUAAAAUAAAAAAUGUUUGAUGUGGAGAAAAAUUAAGACAAAUAUGGUCUUAGACCUCCUGGUCUGUUUUGUGUGCACCCAGUGGCAGGUAAUUAUGGUUUUAAAAUACGGAAGAACUUUAUAGAGAAUGGUUUCACUGACACUAACUGCUCUUUAUGAUGUUUCUCCCACUGUUUUCUUGUGGUCGCUGGGAGAGAGAGAGAGAUUAUAUUCUCCAGCCAAAGGAGGCUCUUCUCUGUGCACCAUCCUCCAGCCUGCCUCUGCUCUCAAAGAGACAAGACCUCCACAAGAGACCCCCUUAUCCAGGUCACUCCUAAAGGCAUGUGUAGCUCCAACUUAGCAUAGUCAGAAAUAACCAGACUUACUGAAAUGGAGGGUGUUGAAAUUUCUUUGCACACGAGUUCGAGUUUAACACGACACCUACAGCCCGUUUUACACUUACACUUUUCUUUUCUUUAUUUAGUGUGAAUGCAUUGGAACAUGAAUGUUGUAGCUUGUUCAUAUUAAGUAAAGCAUAUUUUAUUGUUCAUACAUGAAGUUUUAAAAAAACCUGAAUUUUCAUAUAAAUGAUAUUGAUAUCAACAAAAAAAACAUGGGUUUGUCAACUCGAAUGGGUAUUUAAUGGUAAAUAUUCAAGGCAGCCGAUGAUACGACACAUCUCACAGAUUUCUUGAACGAUGUUCUAUUGAUGGUCUGUGCCAGAUGCUCAUGAAAACCCAGAGAUUUCAACUAAUGUUAUUACAUAAAUCAUAAGGAUUUCACUAUAGUUUAUAGCAAUGCUUAUUGUGUCAUCUUAAACACAGCUAUAAUACAUUUCACCGUUAAACAAGUAAACAGACUGAUGCUUUAUCCAUCACUUCGGAAAUGGUAUUGGUAAAAUGACUGUUAUCAAACUGGGGGAAAAAGAAGAUACUGGUUUAUUUGUUCUCUGUAUUCUAGGUGCUGUCCAUUAGAGAAGACUCUUACAGAGCCUCGCACCUGACCAAAGGUUUUUGCUUUAGAGAGUGAUUUAUUUUCUUGUUGUUGUUUUUUUUUUUUUAAACUAGUUCAAUCACACACAUGAGCUGUCAUUUGCUUUUAAUGAAUCUCAUUUUAAGUCAGCCAUCACAAACAACCCGAUUUAAUGAUUCAUAUUUAUGUUGCAAAAUCUCAAAAAUACUUGGCUGGCGCAAAGAAAUAACUAAUGCUGGUUAUAGAGAGCUGUGCAGGCUGUUGGUUAUCAUAAAGGCAUCGUAAAAUCUGAACCCCUCAAAACGCCAGUCCAUUCCACCUGCACAGUCUUGCAUAGUUUUACUUCAGCUGUAUUACUUCUAUAGGAAGUUCUUUAGUGAAUCACUAAUGCAUUUGUGGUAUAGCCAAAUUGAACAACUGAAAGGUAAUGCCCUUCUUUUUUCACUGAGCCGUGUCUUUGCGCAUGACCUCCAACACUAACCUGAUUUUGUCUCUAUUUUAGGGUAAGUCGACUUUUCCUUCCUGUUCUGAUCACCGGAUAACCCGAGUAGUCGCCCAUCACGUUUUUUUUAAGAAGCUGAUCGUCUCAACACUUAUUCACAGACAAGAGGAGAUUUCUAAUGAACUGUUCAUAUACAUUUUUAUUCAACAGAUGCAUUGUGUAUUAUUUGAACUAACAAUAAAAUAAUUAAUAAUA